GCGCUCCCGUGUCCCUGUCCCGGAGGAAGGUGGGGCCUUGCCCACGGCCCCAGCAGGAGCCCAACACCUGUGCCCAGUCGCUGAGUGAUGUGGGGUUAUUGUGCUGUCACAGGCCACCCAGAAUUCUCUCCCGCCCUGCUGAGAGGCAGCUCCUUAGAAAGCCCCCACCCUCCGGCCAUCCCAGCCCAGGGCCCGGCAGCCCACCAUGUCCGCCCAGUUUCCACGACCAUCCUGAGGGGCUCCAUCGUGGUCCAGGGGACUGGGGCAGGCCAGCCAGCCCAGCCUGCACAGGAUGGACGCCGGGCCCCAGGCCAGCAGGCUGCCCCGUGAAAGCACCAUCAGACCCCAGGGCAGGGACUGCGGGCUCCAUCCCCCUGUGGCUGACGAUGGUGUCAUGGCUGCCCUGAGGCGGACCCGGCCCUCCCAGCCACCAGGUGACUCCCGGGGGGCUCACCACAUGGCCUGGUCCCAAUACAUCGAGCAGCCCGGCCCCCAGGAGAGGGCCUCCAGCCUCCCGCUGUGGUCUGAAGGCGAGGAGGCCAAGGAUGGGGACAGCUCGGUGUCAUCCGGCCGCCUCUCUGGCUCCUCCGGGGGCCAUGGGUCCUGCACAUCUCUCCCGGGGCCCUGGAAGGAGAGGCCCCCACAGGCGCAGGGAGCCCGGCAGACGCCCAGGGAGAGCAACCCGCGGCUGGAGCUGCUCAGGGACAAGAUCCGGGCCCAGGCGCGGUGGCAGGCCAGCUGUGCCUCCCUGGGCACCUCGACGCCCUCCAGCGCCUCACGUCUCUACAGAGCCUGGAAGCCAGACCCCCGCAGGCAGGCCGGAAAGCUGGCGCACCCCGACCCGGCCCCCUGGGGCAUACUUGGGCCCGGGGCCUCCGUCAAAGGCUCGGGCUCCCUGAGCGAGGCUCUGUGUGGAAGGGAAGACAAGGCCACCGCAGGCCCAGGGCGAGAGCCCUCCAGGGCCCCCCAGCGCCAGGCCGCAGCUCCACGGGAAAAAACCAAAAGAAUGAAGAGUAGUCCUUGCAAAAGGGAGAGAGCUCCCGGGUCACCCACCGCCAGAAGAGCUGUCAAGGACAAAGAUUCUGAGUUGGUUGGCGUUUGUGCCUGGAGGAAAGGACCAGCCCUGGCGAGGGCCCUGCUUGGGCCCCCUCCGGCCCUCCCCAGGCUCCAGAGCGAGGCUCCCUCGAGAGACCUGGCCUCCGCCGCCGCCGCCGCCGCCACGGAAUUAGGAGACAGCAGGAGAGCUGGGGCCGCUGAGAGCCCCCCUGCGCGCCCCCGGAUGCCCGGUCCAGCCUCUGCCCGCGGUGGCCUGCGGGCGUCUGCCGACACGGCCAACCUAUCUUCCUGCGAGCAGCCCGUGACCAUCCAGCACGCCUUGGCCGUCCUUAGAGACCUCCGCCGGCAAAUCCAGGCUGGGCUGGAGCUGGCCCGGAGCCACCACCCCAGGGGAGGGCCAGAGCUGGGGCGCUCAAAGCUGGGGCUGCAGGACCUGGCAGGGAAGAGGAAGCAGCAAGGCCCCUGCAGCACCCGCCGCGUUCCGAGCUCCUUCUCGGAGAGUCCCCAGGCUGGGGCGGAGCGGAAAUGCGCCUCCUCAGAGAGGCCUGGCAGCUUCCCCACGAGGCGUCGCUGGAGCGCCUUGGCUGGGUGGGAGUCCUAUCCCCAGAUGACCUGGGCGGCCCAAGGACAGAACCCCUCCUUGCAGAGGCCGGGGAGCCCCCCUGAAAGGCUGACCUCCUUCCCCCAGCGGCCCUGGAGCGCCUCGGCCGGGCAGGCCUCCCAGCCCCAGGGAGCCUGGGCCACUCAUGAAGACUGGGAGAGCCCUGCCCGAAGACCAUGGAGCCCGUCGGCCCCGCGGCCCCGGAGCGCCUCCUUCACGCGCAGCACGGGCACCCCGUGCAAGGGCACGGGCUCCCUCCUGCCCCCCUCGGAGCUGAAGCACGGCUGGCUGAGGCCGGCCCGAGGGGCCCCCGGGAUCGCCCCCGGGAAGGAGAACGAGGUGAGGGUGCCGCCACCCUGCCCGAAGCCCCGGGGGGUCCUGGGUCACCCCCACAGCUCCGAGUCCCUUCGGGAGUUCAUGCGCCAGAAGACGCUGGCCCGGAGGCGACAGGCCCUGGAAGAGAAGGCCUCGGCCGUGCGGGCGCUCGAGCUGCGAAACCAGAGGCUGCAGGAUGUGUACAAGAAGCAGAGGGAAGCCAUCCUCGGCAAAGCCGUCCCUGUGGUCUCCCACAAGACCCCCGGCAUCGUGACCUUUUUCCCGCAUUGUGCACAGUCCAAGGGCCUGGAAGCCCCCGGGAGCCUGAGGUCGCCUGUGCUGGAGUGGAGCAAGGUGACCUCCGGCGUGGUGCUGGGGGACCAGGAAGCCCCGGGCAGCUUCUGCCUGUGUUUGAACAGAGCCCUGAACCGCACUGAGAGCCUGGAGACAGGCGGCCCCCGGGACGGCGCCCCCAUGCUGAUGUCGGCCCACUCCUCCCUGGGCCCCCUGAAGCUCCAGGACCUCGCCACCCAGCACCCGCGCCCAGGGGUGUGCAUCUACCUGGACCCCGAGGAGAGCGAGCACCUGGGCAUGUCGGGGCCCCUGCACUUCCGCUACAAGCAGGCCCGGCUACAGGCUCUGGAGACCAUGGCCAACAUCCUGAAGCAACGGAUCGACAUCCUGACGGCCAAGCUGUACAAGUCGGAGGCACUGGAUGCCCUCGGGGACCCGGUGGCCGGCCCCUCACCCUCACAGCCCAGCAGCAUGGCUGCUGCCCCCUCGCCCCCAGCCCCCGUCUGCUCCGGAACGUUGGUGCCCAGCAGGGGCAGAGGGACAGCCCGGGACCGGGCAGACACGCAGGCCUGGCCCCUCGUCCCACCCCCCUGCUUCUCAGACAGCAAGACGCUGUCGUGGAGCCCGGACUGGGAGCGGCGUCAGAGCGUGAGCCCGGGGGCCCUCCGCGACAGCCAGCCUCACGCAGUUUCUCCCCUCCUGCCCAUUCCGGGGAGUGAGCCUGGUGUCCAUCUCUCCAAAGCUUUCACGGAAGACGAAUGUUUGGAGCUGGAUAACAGGCUAGCAAGAAACAUGGAUGCCUUCCAGGCCCUCCGCCCCUUCAUCAGGAGCUCACCCGGGGCGACAGCCAUGCUAGACGCCACCUGUGGCUCCCUGAAGCUGGAGGAGAUGCCGCCGGCCAGAGGGGCCCGCUCGGUCACGCCCUGGACCUUGCGAAGCUGCGGUAAGGGCGAGCCCGCAGACAGGCCCUGGGCUGGCUGGUCGGGUGGCCGGGGGGUUCCGCUGGGGACCCCCUCCACUGCCCGAGGCUCCGGUGAGGCCCUGCGGGUGUACCUCAGGCGCGGCUCCCCGCGGGCGGUGGCUGAGGGUCAGGCAGAGCCGUCCGCCUGGGGCCGCGGCCGUCUGCCCCGGCCCUCGCUGCCCUGGACGCUCGGGAAGGGGCUGUCGCGCUGGGACUCUCCCUGGCAGCCGCUCACCUGCCCCUUCUCUGCGGCUUCCACAGGUCGGCGUUCCGAGCACCCUGCCAGCAUCCCCCAGAAGUCCCUGGGCUUUCUCAAGUCACUGCAGGGCUUUUGGGGAGCACGGGGGCAGCAGCCUGAGGCCCCCCAGCCAUCCCGGGGCUCGGCGGCCCCGCAGCUGGGCCGGCAGCGGGCAGAGCGGGAGGUGUGGGAGACGCAGAAGGCGCUGGACGAGCUGCUCUUCAAGCACCGACUGCAGCAGCUGAUGGGGAAACACUCCACUGAGGCCAGGCCAAAACCGGCGUCGGAGUGGGGGGAGCCGGCGACUUGUCUGAGCACCGUGACAGCCAGACCCAGAUCACACCCCACCCAGGUCAGAGCCGCGGCUGCGCCCUCCCAGGACCCUCAGGAAGGACAGCAGAAUCAGGAGGGGAAGUCGGCCCCUGCAGAGCUCAGGCAGGAAGAGAGCCCAGCCCGAGCCCCCACCCAGCUGCCUCUGGCCAGGGUCUACGGUCAGGACAACCCCAACCACCAGCGGAGCCUGCCGGGGCCCUGGAGCACGAACCCCGGAGCCUUCGGCCGCUUCACGCUGCACAUGCUCGACCUGAGCCUGCGGGAUGAGGAGCUGCGCGCGCGGCACCAGGCCGCUAUACUGCGCCUGCGCGAGAAAGUGCUGGAGGAGAAGAUGCUCACCGAGCUGGCCUGGCUGGAGCAUCAGCGAGAGUGUCUGUGCAGCAAGGGGAAGGACACAAUGCUGGCGGCCUUGGCAGAGAGGCAAGAGCAGGCGCUCAGGAAGCUUGAGCAGGAGCAGAGAGAAAUCCGAUCCCUGCGGAACAUCCACCUGUUUUCACACCAAGAGAGGAAACUUCUUCUGCAGCAUCAAAAAGACAUCGUCUCACUGCAGAGAUCCAUGGCGGACCUGCGGCGGGAGCUUCAGGCCCGGACCAGGCUGCCUCAGAGUUCCGGCCUCGGAGUCAAGACCACUCAGACGGAGAAGUCCAAAGCAAGUCUGCAGCCGAAGGGCCCCGCACAGGGCUCCUCGCGCCCCUCGACACCUCCCAGGCCGGGCAGCUCUGCCAGCCACUGCCCCCGGACAAGCCCUGAGACCCUACGAGUCCAACACCUUCUCACCGAGCAGGCGGACGGGACGCCCCCCCAGGCAACCUCAGCUGCGGACAGUCACCGGCCUCCUCCAAGGCCUGUGUGGGGAGAGGACGCACCUGCGGCCAGCAGCUGGCCUGACGCGGGGGGUCUGCUGGCAGAGAGCCACUGCCCUGUGGGCCAAGGAGACCCCCAGACCAACCCCAGCCCCUCGCCAGCAGAGAAGGCCCGGCCUCUGACGGACAGCUGCGUACAGAAACUCCAGAGCCCAAACUGCCCGGGCGGAGGGGGUCCCUGCGGGCCCCUGGAAGCCAGCGUGCUUGAAGGCCGCCUCAGCCGAGCAGGGCUGGAGCUGGGGCUGGAUCUGGCCAGCAGCCCUGUGGAGGAGCCCCACAGGAUGGAAGGCUGGUGGUCAAGGGAGCAGAAGAUGGAGACCCGUGUGCCGGAGGACCCCUGCGGCCCCUUCUCUCCACCGGAAGCCGCCCAGCUGCCCGCUGCUCCAGCCUCCGCGCCAGCGCCACCCUCCCGGCGUGAGGGCAGUCCCGUGCCGCCGCUCAGGGGCCCCUCGGACCCAGGCGCUGAGUCCGAGGCUGCUCCCCGGAGCCGGAGCCGCUCGGGGUCUCGGGCAGGGUCCCGGGCCUCCUCCUCCCCGAGCGCGCGGUCCAGCUGCUCUCCCCGGGAGUUUCAGAGAGCGUGUGCCCUCCUGGUUCAGCUUUCCGAGAGCUCCGUCUCCCUGUCAGACUGGGAAGCCGGGGACACCCCAGACACGGACCCCGGCUGGUCCGGCGACUUCUCUCCUCAAGACUCCUGGGGGCCCCCCCGGGGCGGGGGGCAGGUGUCCUGGGAGAGGCCGGAGGGUGGCGGGGCUGGGCCCUUGCAGCAGGGCGGGCUGCCUCCUCCCCCUGAUGCCGCCUCUCCAAGGUCAGGGUCAGAGCUGUCAGAGGCGUCCAGCCUGGUCUGGGACGAGGAGAACCUUCUGGAGCCUGGCUCUGGUGCCAAGCUAGCCUCGGGAUGCUCCUCAUCUCCCGGAGGCUCAUCCUACCUGGAAACCAGCGGGGCGUCCAGCCCUGCACUCGCUUCCUUGGGCCCUGGGGAGGGGCAGGAAGCGUCUGGAAGCACUGGGAGCCUCAUCAGUGGAUCCGAUACAGGAGAAGCCAAACAGAUGUCCCCCGAGGCUGCCCCCAUGCUUCUCCCGCCCAGGCCCCCUUCCUCCAGUGACUUAGACCUGUCCCCUUCCUCUCCCUUGGGGUCCCUGGCAUCCGACAGGGUGGGUUUGGGCAGAGGAGAGACCAGGCCUCUGCAGGCCUCACUUGGCUGCCCCGAGGGGCCCUGGGAUGCUGCCCCGAGCCUAUCCAGUGACAGGGCACCACGGCAGCCCUGGUCUGAGCCUGAGGUCCCUGUGACCCCGGGGACCCCUCCCGGGGACCCUGGCCGUCCAGCGGCCCCGACGCCCCAGGGCUGGACCCCCACACAUGGGGGGCGUGGAAACUCCCCUGUCCCCGAGGAAGCCGGCCCCGCUCUGUCCAGUGGGGUCUUGCCCGAGAUCCUGUCCCCCGUCGACGAGGUGCUGUCCUAUGGCAGUGCCGACCUGUCCUCCGCCUGCAGGGACGCCCGCCUCCCUCCUCCGCCGCCCGCCCUCCCAGCAGAGGAUUUGGCCAACGCCACCAGCCCCGACUCAGAAGACUUCCCUUCCCCGCCUGAGGACACCAUGUCCCCCAGGGGCUCGCUGGGCCCCCCGGGGGAGGAUGCCUCCAUUAGAACCGGGGAGUUGCCCUCCUUGCCUGCGGAGGACACACCUGAGGCGCCGUCCCCAGGCCCCCAGGAGUCAGGGCUCCGCCUGGGGGCAGGCAGACAGGGCGGAAGCCUUAGGGACAAAUUGGGUGAAUCAAGUUCUGUUGCCGGGGACCAGGCUGUGGGCAGCAGCCAGUGGUCUGAACCGGCCCGCUGCCUAGGGUCCCCCUUGUGUGGGGGGGCAGGCGAUGGCCCGAGAGGGCUCCCGAGACUGCCGGUGCAGCCCCCAGCCCUGCCCAGAGCGGCCCUCACGGCCAGGGAGGCUCCACCAACCCUGUCACCCGGCGACCCAGCUCCUGCUCCGGGUGCGGGCCCCUGCGCUGACCCGCCGGACGUGGAGGGGGCCGAGGUGGUGGAUUUGGUCUCCAGCCAGCUCAGCAAAAGGAUCCUAUGCGACUCGCUGGCUGUGCUCUCGGAGCUGGCGCAGCCGGCGGCCCCUCGAUAGAGGAGCUGCCGUGUCCCUCAGGCUGGCCUGGCGGCCGCUGCACAACCCCAGAAAGAUGGGGCCUGUGGGGACACGCAGUGCUGUGGUGCCCUUGUGCCAUGUGGGCGGUCGUGCAUGGGAGGCCCUGGGAAGCCUGGGCCACCGAGGGCAGAGCCGCCAUGGCCCCUCGAGUGAUCAUCUGGUGCUGGGCUGAGGCCUGGGUGGGGACGUGGCAGCAAGAGCACUGGGCUCUGCGUUUUUCUGGACGUUGGGUCCACUGCAUCCAUCAGGCGCCCAGAAGGGCCCUUGAUCCAAAGACUUUAAGGGGCAGGAAGGUAAAAGGUUGUGUGGGGCAUGUUUAGAGGCUGGCCGGUCAAGGCAAGGUGUGGAGGUCACGGACUUGACAGAGAACCAUCCGGAGGGGAGCAGCCCCCAAGGAUGAGCUGGAGACCACGUGCCAGGAGGGAGAGCCAUCAGCAAAGGCCAGGAGAAGAGAGAGAGUCGUUCUGGGGGGACAGGGAAGCAAGGGGUGGUGGAGGCGGGCCAGGGGUCACCUCUGCGUGGACUCACACCCCAGGCUUCUGGAGGCCGAGGGGCUCCGUGUGGGCCGGCUCCGCUAGGGCUGUUACAGAUCCAUCAACUCAAGGGCCGGAGGCCCCCAGCCAGCCCCGGGCCUGCCCUCCGGCGGUAGGUGAGCCAAGGACUCCCGGCGGGCUCAGGACUCCUGGGAGAGGCCAGCGCCCAUUUCCUGGGGGCUGCCCAUCAUCGAAUGAGCCCUCGGGGACACAGGGUGACCUCGGAGCAGGGAGCAGUUUGCAGAGGUGCUGGCAGGGUGCUGCUGCCUCUAGGGCUUGGCGCCUCCCGUCCAGGGUCACAGGCCUCCCAUCUUCAGUAGAGGAAUUCCUGAGACCACAUUUAUGGACCCCUGGGGACACGGCGACUUCCGUGCACUCGCCGGUAGCUGGGGGAUGUCUCCAAAACGGGCCUGGCCAGGCCCUGAGUUCUGCCUGUGCCCACCACCUUCUAGCUCGGGAGCAGGGGGCCUCCUCCAGGCAGCCCUCCACCAGGUCCCAGCUUUGGGGCGGCCUCGGGUAUCCAGGCCAGCUGCUCACCAGACCGACCUUUGUCACACGCUGGCCCAUCCUGUUUCACAGCUCAGGGAGGCACCAGCUGAGACGGUUCAUGGUGAUUUCGGAGGAUACCCCCCCCCCCACUGGGGA